AUGCUAUUACCUUCUCUUCUCAUUGCAAUCAUAAUAGGAGCUUACUUUAAGAUGGUGACAAAAACUCAAGACGAAAACUUCCUGGCCGUCAAGCCUAACCCCAACCCUUAUCCUGGGUACUUCGUGUCUCAUGGAGGUCCUACUUUCAUGUACAAGGACUCCGAUUUUGGCAACAAGAAGGCGUAUUCUGCCUUGAGGGGCUUGGGAAACAAAAUCAAAAAUGAAUUGAAGCCUGACUAUAUUAUCAUUGUCUCGGCUCACUGGCAGCUGAGUGGAUCCAAGGCAGUGGAAAUCGCUGUUCCUUCUAAACCUCCAAAGCUGGAUAAGGACGAAAACAGCCUUGUCUACGAUUUCUACAACUUUCCCAAACACAUGUACGAGGAGUGGUUCAGAUCCUUGAACUCUGCCUUCCUUUCUGAGGAGAUCCGUCUGAAGCUUGAGGAAAACGGCUUCCACUCAAGAUUGACCGAGAGAGGAAUUGAUCACGGCGUCUGGGUGCCUUUCAAGGUGGCCUUCUCGGACUACGACACCUUGAAUCCUCCACCAAAGGGCGUUGAUCCUGGAUUGGAUCUUCCUAACACUCGUGUGAUUCAGGUAUCUCUCACUGGCUACGAAAAGGACUUCGAUACCCAUUUCAAGCUUGGACAGGCGCUCGACUUCUUCAGACAAAACCUUAUUUGGGACCCUGUUGAGGAGCGUUACUUGAAGGGAAUGGUGGUCACCUCAGGCAUGUCUGUUCACAAUUUGAGAGACAUUCGUAACUUCCUUGCUAACCCUACCGAGCUCAUGCCAUACACAAAGCCAUUCAACGACUUGCUUGGAGAGACGCUCAAAAACGGGCCCGAUCUCCUCAACAACCUCAACAAGCUCAAGACAGACCACGAGAAGUUGUUGUACCUGGCGCAUCCCACACUUGAGCAUUUUGUGCCUGUGGUUGUGGCCUCUGGUCUUAUAAGUAGAAACCUUAAGGAGCCAAUUACCGAAUUGUUCAACGACAACCAAGGCAGCAUGGGCUGGGGUAUGUACCAGUUUGGCAAGUCAGCAUAG